UUCGAACAGCUUGGCAUCGUGAAUGUGUACCACUGUAUUUGCCCAGAGCUCCUACAUAGCGGCAGAGCUGGCCAUCAGUCACCAUUCUCAACAAGAAGAUAAGGAGCAUACCAGCUGUCCACUAUGGAGGCCAUGCUAACCAGGAGCCGCCGGACCACAAUUUGCUCCCAGCUGGGGAGAGUCAAACUACGGCUGCUGUACAAGGCCAGCAUCCAUGGUUUCACUGGUGCAGCCUUCCACCAACAAUGUGACCAGUGUGGUCCCACAGUGUCUGUGGGCUAUAACGCCUCCGGUUAUGUGUUUGGAGGCUACACCCAACAACCCUUCACUCAGUCUGGACAGUACGUUCAUGAUGACCAGGCCUUUCUUUUCACCUUCAGUGGAGAAAGGCUCCUCAAAUAUCCAGUCACCAGUCCUGUUUAUGCAGUAAAUAUGAGUAGUAACUCUGGUCCAUAUUUUGGAGAUGCAUUGGUUCUUGUUAAUGGAAGCAAAGCGGUUGUCCAUAGCAGUCCAGGAAAUUACUACAACUUCAGUGCUGUAGAAAUGCAUGGCAACGACCUGAACCUGACUGAGUGUGAAGUCUAUGAAGUCGAGGAAACGACAGAACUUGAGAGGCCAUGGAGGACUAUAAACUGGGAAUCUCAGAACAAGAAGGAGCUGAUGGAGAGUAUUACAAUGUACAAACCCACAGUCAGCUCUGUGUCCCAGGCUCGGGUUCUGCUCAUUGGACCAGUUGGAGCUGGAAAGUCCAGCUUCUUCAAUUCUAUCAACUCUGUAUUCAGAGGCCACGUCACCAGUCAGGCCAUUGCUGGCUCCUCUACCACCAGCCUCACAACACAGUUUCGCACCUUCUCAGUGAAAGCUGGGCGAGAUGGGAAACCUCUGCCAAUCAUCUUGUGUGAUACCAUGGGACUGGAGGAAAGCAGAGCGGCGGGGCUUGAGAUCGAUGACAUCAGCAGCAUCCUUAAAGGUCAUCUGCCAGACCGUUAUCAGUUCAACCCCUCUGCUCCUCUGCAUUCGGAGGCCCACGGCUAUUGUAAGUCUCCAAGGCUCAAGGACAAGAUCCACUGUGUGGUCUAUGUCGUUGAUGCCUGCAAGGUCUCAAUCAUGCCCACAAAAGUGGAGGAGAAGCUGGAUGCUGUCCGCAGAAAGGUCAACUUAAUGGGAAUUCCCCAGCUGGUCCUGCUCACUAAAGUAGAUGAAGCCUGCCAUUUGGUAAAAGAGGACGUGAAAAACAUUUACAAGAGUGGCUACAUCAAGGAAAUAAUGCAGGAAGUCAGCGCUCAGCUCGGUGUGCCGGUGUCCUGUGUUGUGCCAGUGAAGAACUACUUCGAGGAGCUGGAGUUGGACCUCAGCUGCGACAUCCUGCUGCUCAGCGCUGUCAUGCAGAUGCUUCGCUUCGCAGACAAUUACUUUGAUGAUAUCAGUGACCAACUCAGCAACACCGAAGUCAAAGAAUAGGAAGUACCUGUGCAGCAGAUGUUUAUAUCUUGUCCAACUGUAGUGAAAUGUCCAUCACAAUAAUCCAUCCAUUUACCUGCAGGUGAUGCUGCAUUGUAGAGUUCACUGUGAAUUUC